AUGGCUAAUAAACCUGAUCAUUAUCAUCAUCUCCAUCACAACCACCACCAAUCUUCUAGGAGAUUGAUGCUUGUAUUGUGUUUCACUAGUGCUCUUGGGUUAGGAUUAGUCGCAGCUUUGCUUUGUGUGUCUUCUUCUACUUUCUCAGUCUCUAGCGUUUCCUCCAUCUGGGUACCCGUAAACCGACCGGAGAUUCAAAUUCCGAACAUCGAUUCCCGGAUUGUUCAAAAGAUUCUCACCGUCCCCUCUCACUUGCAGAGAAGCAAACAAUCGAACGGUUCAAAAGAUCAUGUCCGCUUCUUAUCGGCAACAUUCGCCGAUUUACCGGCGCCGGAAUUACAGUGGGAACAAAUGCCGUCAGCUCCAGUUCCUCGACUUGACGGAUACUCCGUACAAAUCAAAAACCUUUUGUAUGUCUUCUCCGGCUACGAAAGUCUCGACUACGUUCAUUCUCAUGUGGAUGUGUUCAAUUUCACAGACAACGAGUGGUGUGAGAGAUUCGACACUCCUAAAGAGAUGGCGAAUUCGCAUCUCGGGAUCGUGACGGAUGGACGAUUUGUGUAUGUGGUUUCAGGGCAGUAUGGUCCUCAAUGCAGAGGACCCACUUCUCGUUCCUUUGUCUUGGACUCAACCACAAAGACUUGGCUCGAGUUCCCUUCACUACCUGCUCCAAGGUAUGCUCCUGCGACUCAGAUAUGGAGAGGGAGGCUUCAUGUGCUGGGAGGAAGCAAAGAGAAUCGCAACGCAGUUGCUUAUGACCAUUGGAGCAUAGCUGUGAAAGACGGAAAAGCUCUCGACGAAUGGCGGGAAGAGCUUCCUAUCCCUCGAGGUGGACCACACAGGGCUUGUGUGGUUGCUAACGACAAGCUACUUGUGAUCGGCGGUCAGGAAGGUGACUUCAUGGCCAAACCUAACUCAACCAUCUUCAAAUGCUCACGUAGACGCGAGGUUCCUAAUGAUUUUACCCUUUCGAUGAUUCCUAAUAACACUGAACGCUCUUCAGUUCCUAAUGUUUUGGUCGCAUUUCAGAUCUUUAAUGGUGAGGUGUACAUGAUGGACGAGGAGAUGAAGUGGAAAAUGUUACCACCGAUGCCAAAGAACAAUUCACACAUUGAAUCCGCAUGGAUCAUCGUCAAUAACUCGAUCGUUAUCGUUGGUGGAACCACGGAUUGGCAUCCAGUGACUAAAAGGCUUGUUCUUGUUGGAGAGAUUUUCCGGUUUCAGAUAGACACUUUGAAAUGGUCUGUGAUCGGACGGCUACCGUACCGUGUCAAAACAGCGAUGGCCGGAUACUGGAAUGGCUAUUUGUACUUCACGUCCGGGCAACGUGAUAGAGGACCGGACAAUCCACAGCCAGGGAAAGUUAUUGGAGAUAUGUGGAGAACUAAGUUGAAGUUUUGA